AUGGAGCUGUGCGCCUCUACCACCGCCUCCGUCCGCGCCACCGCCGCGCCCAUAUCCUUCGCCCCGCCCCGCCGUGGCGCGUCUGCUUCCACCGCCCUUCCGCUACACCGCCGCAUCCCAACUCGAGGCUGGCGUUGCGCCAGUGCGGCCGUGCCUGACCCGGUGUCCUCCGAAGAGCCUGCCUCCGCCUCCUACACCGUCGUCGUCACGGACAAGCCCGACACGCCUGCCGAUGACAAGGUCGAGGAGGUUAGCGCCGCGCCUAGUGGCUCCGCGGAGGCGCCUGUAGCAGAACUGGUGUCGUCAGAGGCGUCCCCGUCCCCGGAUGACGGCGGUCUGGAUGAGAUACUAAGCAAGUUGAACAUUGAAGUGACUCCGACUUUAAUCCUCACUGGAUCUGCUGCCUUUGUUGCUUUAUGGGUCCUAUCUUCUGUUGUUGCUGCAAUUGAUUCAGUCCCCCUGCUCCCAAAAUUGCUGGAAUUAGUAGGAACUGGUUACUCAAUUUGGUUCAUCACACGAUAUCUCCUUUUCAAGGAAAGCAGAGAUGACCUGUUUGCAAAGUUCGAAGAUCUCAUACAGAGGAUUAUUUGA